AUUUUCUUCCUUUGAGCAGGUUGAUUGUGUUGAUAUUACGCAGUGAACUUCAUUUAUGAAAUGAGAAAGUGGAACUACAAUGUAUAUUUAAAUACACAAUCUUAUCACGACUGGAUCGUCUUCAACAAUUCUCUGCAGGACGUCACGAGUCUCGUUUCAUUCGUUUGUAUGCGGACCAGUUUCCGGCUAGAGAGUAGGAUCUCUGCAUUUUACACUGGAGGAAAAGUGCAGUUAUCUGGAGACGGGAACCAUAUCUUCUGUGUGCAAGGAGCAAAUAUCAACGUAGUUGACACAACCUCUGGUAAAGUGGUACAUUCCAUCAAAGCGGAGGACUGUGAUGACGUAACCUCUUUUGUUGUAACACCUGAUGAUGAAUUUCUAGUGGUUGCCCAUAGAAACCUCUUAUUGAAGCAGUGGGACUGGAGGGAGGAGAGAUGCGUCCGAACCUGGAAGGCAAUCCAUGUUGGCCCUGUAGUCAGCAUGACCUUUGAUGCCACCUCAACCCUUCUAGCCACUGGAAGUAGUGACAGCACCAUCAAGUUAUGGGACAUUGUACGACAGUAUUGUACCCACAAUUUCAAGGGCUCUCAGGGAGUAGUCAGCGUGCUUGACUUCCAUCCGGUGUCAGAGAAGCUUUUGCUCUUUUCUGCAGCAGAUGAUUGCAAAAUCCGAGUCUGGGAUCUCAAAACAAGCAGGUGUGAAGCUGUUUUGGAGAGCCACUACAGUGGGGUUACUGGCUUUGCCUUCACAGAGGAUGGCCAGACUAUGUUCAGCUCAGGCAGGGAUAGCAUUGUAACGGUCUGGGACUUGGGCUCCUACACAGUCAGGAAAACAGUUCCAGUGUAUGAGCCUUUGGAGUCUGUAAUUGUGCCUCCAUCUGACACUGACUGCAGUAAGGUUGGAAUUACUGGCAAGGAUACAUUUUUCAUCACAGCAGGAUCUCAAGGUUUACUCAAAGUUUGGGAUGCCUCCACUGCAAAGUGUGUUUUCACCCAGCGGCAGCAACUCCCCCACCAGACACAUACUGAAGGUCAGGUCAAAGGUCAAGAACAGCAGCUAGCAACCCACAUUAACCAAGCCAUGCUUUGUAGUACAUUAGGAGUCAUUGCUGUGGUUACUUAUGAUCACAACAUCCUGAUGUUUGGAUUGAAGGACUUUGAUUUAGAGAAACAGUUUGUUGGCUACAAUGAGGAGAUUUUAGACCUUUGCUUCAUGGGGGAGAAGGACACACACCUUGCUGUGGCCAGUAAUAGUGAGCAGAUUCGUGUGUUUGACCUUUCUUCCCUCAGCUGCCAGAUCCUUCCAGGCCACACAGAUAUUGUCCUAGCCCUCGAAGUUUUCAAAAAUGGACUGAUGUUAGUCAGCAGUUCAAAGGAUAACACUGUUCGUCUAUGGAGUAUGGAUCCAGCAUCAGGAUCAGUGCACUGCGUAGCAGUUGGCAAGGGACACACCCACUCUGUGGGUGCUUUGACCACUGCAAGGUUAUCUAGCUCGUUCUUUGUAAGUGGUAGUGAAGAUUGCACAAUCAAAGUAUGGAAAAUUCCAUCAAAUCUACCCACGGAGAAAGACACAGCGCCUGCUCCACUUCAGGUGAAGUUCACUGAGCGUGCUCAUGAAAAGGACAUCAAUUCUGUUGCUGUUUCACCAAAUGACAAACUCCUGGCAACAGGCUCUCAAGACAGGACAGCCAGACUGUGGCACCUUGAAAAAGAGACAAGUCUAGGGUCAUUCAGGGGUCACAGACGUGGCAUUUGGUGUGUGCAGUUCUCACCCACGGAUCAGGCCCUGGCAACAAGUUCAGCUGAUGGAACUAUCAGAAUCUGGGCCUUGUCAGAUUUCAGCUGUGUCAAGACAUUUGAGGGACAUGAUGCAUCGGUGUUGAAAGUCAAUUUCCUUUCAAGAGGAAUGCAGCUAGUAUCGUGUGGCUCUGAUGGACUGCUGAAACUCUGGACAAUCAAGACUAAUGAAUGUGUCAAGACGUUUGACGAGCACACCCAGAAAGUCUGGGCCCUGGCUGCCAACAGAGGGCAGGAUUUGCUGGUCAGUGGUGGUGCAGACUCCAACAUCUUCAUCUGGAAGGACAUUACAGAAAUUGAACAAGAAGAGGAAAUGGAGAAAGAGGAAGACCAGAUCUUGAAGGAACAGGAGUUAUCUAAUUUGCUUCAUGAGAAGAAAUACCUCAAGGCGAUUGGACUAGCCAUCACACUCAAUCAACCGUUCAGGGUACUGACAAUCAUGAAGAACCUUCUGGAUGAGUCGGAUGGUGAGAAGAAGCUGGAGAAGACAAUGAAGAGAAUGAGGCAAGAUCAAAUAGAGUCAGUGCUGGGUUUCUGCAAACACUGGAACACCAACUCCAAACACUGCCACACGGCGCAGACGGUCAUCGCAGUCAUCCUCAGACACGUCACCCCGGAUGACCUCAUGACCUUCAGCACCAUGCAAGAGACGUUAGAAGGACUGAUCCCUUACACAGAACGUCACUUUGAGCGGAUGAAUCGUCUUCUACAGCAAGCCAUGUUUGUGGAGUACACCUGGCAGCGGAUGCGUCGAGCCACUGGGCCUGUGGAGGCUAGCAUUGGCACAGAGAAUAGCCCCGAGUUAGCAGAGAGCAGUCCUUCAUUCAUCAUAGAUACAACACCAGCUGUGCUGGGUACGAGUGUCCCAGGAGUGAACAGCCUUGGUCAGAGGUCAGAGGGCAUGACAGGUGCAGAUGCAGAUCACAUCAUUGAUGGGGAUGAAGAAGACAGUGAUGACAGGCAGGUGACAGAAGUCGCUAACAACAUUGAUGCAAAUGAUGAUCAUACUGCAGAAAGAGCAGGUGCUCCAAACACAACGAAGAAACAAAAAACUGAGAGAGAGAAAACCCCAAAGCGAAACAGUACUCGGAGCGGAGGUGACACAGACACAGUGAACUCACCGAAACUGACACCUAAACUCCUCCGGAGCCAAAAGAAGACACUCAAAACUCUAAAGAUGGAUUUGAUGGGAAGUGAUGGCACGACGGAUGAGGGACCCAGUGACCAUGAAGAAGAAGGAGGGAUUGCAGUUAGAACCAGGAGCAAGGAUAAAAGGACCUCAAAAACAAAGACCCCUAAAAACUCGCCCAACACUGCCAAGAGGAGACUGGGAAAGACAUCAUCUUCAGUCAAGUCGACAAAGAAAGCCAAAGUAACCGGGCUUUCCAUAUCUCUCACAGCUUAAGAGAAAAACUCAGUGAUCUUUUUCUCUAUUCUCCACAAGGGAAUCAUACCCACAGGGCAGUCAAAUUAUAAGGAAAACUGUCAAAAUGUUCUUAGGGCAUAUGCUUUUUUUGUAGAAUGAAAAAAAUCUAUUGCAUCAUUUUCAUGUAAACUACGACAAGGUUUUUGAACAUUUCUAAACUGCAGCUCUUCCCCCUGGGAGACUAGCCAAAAAAAUGUAGCUUUUCUUCAUACACAAGCAUGUAUUUGCCGUAUUGAGUAAAAUCAUGAAUUAGACAACUUUUUCAGGGCAAACAUUUUAUCGCUGUUGUCUGCAUUUAGAUUUCAACAGUUCACUCUUAUUUACAAAUUUAAAUACCACAAUUCCAAUGUACAGAAAUAAAAUGGGUUGAAAUUCAACCAGUUUUUUUCAUCUCAUCCAUAUAAUUACAUUUAUAUAAUUGCUACAAACAACAGAUAUCAGAUUGAUGUACAAUAAAUAGAACUUUUUGUGUACUUGAACAUGUUCAGUAUAAUCUUCAAUUAUUAGUGAAGAUUUGUUCUUAUUCACCAAGGCCGCAUCUGUAUAUUUCACAUAUAAUUUGUAAUUAUCCUUACACUUUCCAAAACUGGAGAUUCACAUUUUCACAUAAAAACCAAUCAAUUCAGAAUCACCUGAACCAGUGGGUACAAACUUGUACUGUUAAAAGGUAAACAGAUUGGAAACUCAAUCUCCACGACAAAAGUAAGCCAAGUUGAGUGGGGGCCGUUCUAUAGGAGGCCAGUAGAGGCUUAUCUCUCAUAAUCCUGACUUGAAUCCACAAAUGAAGAGUUUUUAAUGAGAACAUUGUGUUCCCUAAAACUGUCUUAAAAAUAGACCAAUUGAGGCCAGUAAGUCACAUGACUUAUAGUGGGUAUGAAACAUCAACAAACAUGGGCGUCUUAAGUGUCAUUUACCAAAAUAAAGCUAACAGUGGGUAAAGUACUGUGACUACUGAUGUGCUGAGUGCUAUGCCCCAAAACAGCUUUACUUUUGGUAUCAAAAACACUUAAACACGCAUUGCUAUGGGAGGAAGCCAUGUUGAUUUUUAUACCCACUAUAGGUCAUCUGACUUAGAGGGUGCAACUGGUCUAUUGCCAUGUCUAAAAUUACUAAAACCCAAGGGACUGUUCUCAUACAAUUAUACUCCCAUAUGUUUUGCAGUGUUGUAUUCGAUUCCAUCACAAGUCCAGUCACAAGGCCAGCCAUAAGUAACAGGGUGAACAAUGAAAAAAGAAUGCUUUUGUCACAGUUCAUUCGAAUAGCUUGUGAAUUGGCUUAGGACUGAAUAAGAUGUGAUGGACUCCAAUACAACACUGAUGUUCUGUCAUCCUCCCACCCCCAACAUUUUGAUUCCCCAACAGCGCCCGACAAGUACAGCACAAGUUCAA